GCAGCCUGCUCCGUAUUGUGUCUGUGUUAGGAGUCAGAGGGGAGAGUUCCUAUUCACUAAUCUUUUCCUUCUGUGUGUUUGGACUCGUUUCAAAAACAAGCUGCGACAUGGAGGUCAGCGCGGAGGCCAAGAGGAUCAUGGUCGUGGCUUUGGGGAAACUGUACAGCUCGCGCACCCAGCGAGGUGGUCUCCGUCUCCACCGGAGCCUGCUCCUGACCAUGGUGAUGAAAUCCGCACGGGACAUUUACCACGCGGCCCAGGCGCCUGAAGAAACCGCCGAACCAGGAUGUGAACACCACAACUCAAUGGAAGAAGAGAUCACACAGCCUGCCGGUGCUCAGCCGGGACUCCAGGGUCCUCUUCCCGAACAGGAGUCCUCCGGUUCCCCCGCGGAGCUGCGCCAUGACGCACACGCGCGCCCCGGCGCAGAAAACAAGGAGAAUUUACACCCAAGUGUCCCGACCCAACACUCGAGGAAACGACGGGGCAAAGCAGCCGUGGAGCCGGACUUCCUGCCCUGCAAGAAGGCCAAACUCGAGCAAGGAACCAUCAUUGUAUGUUCCGUUUUGAUUGACUAUGUGAACUGCAGCAGUGAGCUGGGUGUCUCCCCAUCCCCCAUACCUCCGCAGAGAAUCAUUGCAGCGUGUUGAAACCUUGACGAGGUAACGGGAGUCAAACUUUUCAACAUGAGGGCCCUGAACGCGUCCCUUCCAGGCCGUUUUGGAUAAAGACCCGGGACACUGAGCCAUAAAGGUCCCAAACAUGACUCAAAACAAGCCGGGGCAUGUUCCAGGAAGGGGCCCGGUGUGUAGUCUGUGUGACUUUUGGCCUAGUUGUAGGCCACGGCUCAUUACAGGGACUGACUGCAGCCGGCCCAAAGCGGAACUAAAGGAAUUGGUUCAUCCGGAUGAGGCCUUGAACUGCCUUUUUAUGAACACAAGAGAGCGGAUCUGUCUGCUCCACACAGCAGACUGAACAUUUCUGAGAGUGUUGAGACUUUGUGCCAAGAGUGCUGACUGAAUAUCAAAUUGUUAAACCAUUCAAUAACUACAACUACCUCAGUAUUUAUUAAAGAUUUCUGUUUAUGAA